UCCGCCGCCCGUGUCCGGAGCGUGCACGCACCGGGUCGUCUGCGGGUGCGAGCGCGUCGGAAAGCCAGUGACUCUAGAAUCGUAGCGGGCUAGGGGGCCCGUACCAGCGGCUCAGAACUCCAGGAUUGGAAAUACCAGUAGAGAGAACCUGGUCCAAGGUCCCUUCAUUUUACACUUAAGGAGACUAACACCUGAAGAGGUAUCACUGAAUAUAUUUAUCAAGAGUACCUGUGGAGAAUAAACAAUGGAUUCUCUGGACCAUAUGCUGACAGAUCCCCUGGAACUGGGCCCGUGUGGAGAUGGCCAUGGCACUCGUAUUAUGGAGGACUGCUUGCUAGGAGGCACCAGGCCCGAGAUCUUCUUUGAUGUAGUCAGCCUCUCAACGUGGCAAGAAGUACUCAGUGACUCUCAACGUGAAUACCUGCAGCAGUUCCUGCCUCACUUCCCUGAGGACAGUAGUGAGCAGCAAAACCAGCUUAUCCUAGCCCUGUUCAGUGGCAAGAACUUCCGCUUUGGAAACCCUCUGCACAUUGCCCAGAAGCUCUUCCGAGAUGGCCACUUUAACCCUGAGGUGGUCAAAUAUCGGCAGCUGUGCUUCAAGUCACAGUACAAGCGAUACCUCAGUUCUCAGCAGCAGUAUUUCCAUCGGCUGUUGAAGCAGAUUCUUGCUUCCCGGAGUGAUCUGCUGGAAAUGGCCCGAAGAAGCGGCCCGGCCCUCCCUCUCCGGCAAAAGCGCCCUUCCCCGUCCCGCACCCCUGAGGAGCGGGAGUGGCGGACCCAGCAGCGCUAUUUGAAGGUUUUGAGGGAAGUGAAAGAGGAGUGUGGUGACACAGCUUUGUCAUCUGAUGAAGAAGUCACGUUGGAUUUACAAGAAAAAUUUUCUUUUGAAGAUCUCAGCUCAUGGCUUCCGAGCUCUCCAGCGCGUUCACCUAGUCCUGCGGUGCCCCUCAGGGUGGUGCCCACACUUUCAACCAUGGAUAUGAAAACUUCAGAUAAAAUAGAACUGGGGGACAGUGACCUGAAGAUAAUGUUAAAGAAGCACCAUGAGAAGCGGAAGCAUCAACCAGAUCACCCGGACCUCUUGACAGCAGACCUGACUCUCAAUGACAUCAUGAUGCGGGUAAAUGCUGGCCGGAAAGGCUCUCUAGCAGCCCUGUAUGACUUGGCUGUCCUUAAAAAAAAGGUUAAGGAAAAAGAGGAGAAGAAGAAGAAGAAACUAAAAAUGAUUAAAUCAGAGGCAGAGGAGCUGGCUGAACCCCUGAGCGGUACUGAGGGGCUCGCGCCUCUCUCGCAGGCCCCGUCUCCACUGGCAAUACCUCCUAUCAAGGAAGAGCCCCUUGAAGACCUCAAACCUUGCCUUGGAAUUAAUGAAAUAUCUUCCAGCUUCUUCUCUCUCCUGUUAGAAGUCUUGUUGCUGGAGGGUCAGGCUAGCCUUCCUAUGCUAGAGGAGCGAGUUUUGGAUUGGCAGUCCUCUCCAGCCAGCUCCCUCAAUAGCUGGUUCUCUGCAGCCCCCAACUGGGCAGAGCUAGUGCUCCCAGCAUUGCAGUAUCUUGCUGGAGAAAGCCGAGCUGUUCCUUCCAGUUUCUCUCCGUUCGUGGAAUUCAAAGAGAAAACCCAGCAGUGGAAGUUGCUUGGCCAGUCUCAAGAUAAUGAAAAGGAAUUAGCUGCUCUCUUCCAGCUGUGGCUGGAGACCAAAGACCAGACUUUCUGUAAGCAAGAAAAUGAAGACAGCUCAGAUGCCACCACCCCUGUCCCUCGGGUAAGAACUGACUAUGUGGUACGGCCCAGCACAGGGGAGGAGAAACGGGUUUUUCAGGAGCAGGAGCGCUACAGAUACAGCCAGCCCCAUAAGGCGUUCACCUUUCGCAUGCACGGCUUCGAGUCCGUGGUGGGGCCCGUGAAGGGUGUGUUUGACAAGGAGACCUCCCUCAACAAAGCCCGUGAGCACUCGCUGCUGCGUUCUGACCGGCCCGCCUAUGUCACCAUUUUGUCUCUUGUUCGGGAUGCUGCAGCUCGGCUGCCUAAUGGAGAAGGCACACGGGCAGAGAUUUGCGAAUUGCUCAAGGACUCCCAAUUUCUUGCACCAGAUGUCACCAGCACUCAGGUGAACACGGUGGUGAGUGGUGCCCUGGACCGGCUUCAUUAUGAGAAAGACCCGUGUGUGAAGUACGACAUCGGGCGCAAGCUGUGGAUCUAUCUGCACCGUGACCGCAGCGAGGAAGAGUUUGAGCGGAUUCACCAGGCACAAGCAGCUGCAGCCAAAGCCAGGAAAGCCCUUCAGCAAAAACCCAAGCCCCCCUCCAAGGUGAAGUCCAGCAGCAAGGAGGCUUCAGUCAAGGUCCUUGGCAGUGGCCCUUCAGAGCAGAGCCAGCUGAGCCUCAGUGACUCCAGCAUGCCGCCCACCCCUGUCACCCCUGUGACCCCCACCACUCCAGCCUUGCCUGCGACCCCUAUCUCCCCUCCACCUAUCUCGUCGGUGAACAAAAGUGCCCCUAGUACCUGCUCAGAGCCAGCUAAAUCUAGCUCCAGUGUCCUUCUGGUGUCGUCACCAACAAUGCCUCAGCUGGGAACAAUGCUUUCCCCACCCUCCAGCCAGACUCCACCAGCUUCCCAGGCCACCGCCCGCGUCAUGAGCCAGUCCAGCUCUGCUGGACUGCCCCAGGUGCGCGUGGUGGCCCAGUCUGGCCUUCCUGCUGUUACCCAGCAGUCAGCAGGGUCCACACAGACACUGCCACAGAUGCCAGCAGGACCUCAGAUCCGGGUUCCAGCCACUGCUGCACAGACCAAAGUCGUCCCCCAGACGGUGAUGGCCAGUGUUCCAGUCAAAGCCCAGGCCACCGCAGCCACUGUGCAGCGGCCUGGAGCUGGGCAGACGGGGCUCACAGUGACAGGUCUCACCGCCACCGCCAGCCCUGUGAGCAAGCCAGCCACCAGUUCUGGAAGCUCAACUCCAAGUUCUUCGACAGCAGCUGUCAUUCAAAACGUCACAGGGCAGAACAUUAUCAAGCAGGUGGCCGUCACCGGGCAGCUUGGCGUGAAGCCCCAGACAGGCAACAGCAUUCCUCUUGCAGCCGCCAACUUCCGUAUCCAGGGCAAGGACGUGCUGCGUCUGCCACCCUCUUCCAUCACCACAGAUGCCAAAGGCCAGACAGUCCUGCGAAUCACUCCGGACAUGAUGGCCACAUUGGCGAAGUCCCAGGUUACCACAGUCAAACUGACCCAGGACCUCUUCGGGACAGGGAGCAGCACUGCGGGCAAAGGCAUCUCUGCUACCUUACAUGUCACCUCCAACCCAGUCCACGCAACUGAGAGCCCUGUCAAGGCCAGUUCAGCCAGUGCCCCUUCAUCCACUCCAACAGGCACCACCGUGGUCAAGGUGACUCCUGACCUCAAGCCAGCAGAAGGCUCUAGCUCAGCUUUUCGCUUGAUGCCAGCACUUGGUGUGAGUGUGGCCGACCAGAAGGGGAAGAACACAGUGGCCUCUUCAGAAGCAAAACCGGCUGCCACCAUCCGCAUUGUGCAGGGCCUGGGGAUGAUGCCUCCCACAGCAGGCCAGACCAUCACUGUUGCAGCCCACGCCAAGCAGGGGUCCUCGGUGGCCAGCGGGUCUGGAUCUGUGCAUACUUCUGCAGUGUCCUUGCCCAGUAUGAACGCGGCCGUGUCCAAGACUGUGGCAGUGGCAUCUGGGGCUGCAAGCACCCCUCUCAGCAUUGGGACAGGAGGCCCCGCUGUGCGACAGGUCCCGGUUAGCACCACAGUUGUGUCCACGUCCCAGGCUGGGAAGCUGCCCACACGGAUCACCGUUCCACUUUCUGUGAUUAGCCAGCCUAUGAAGGGGAAAAAUGUGGUCACGGCCCCCAUCAUCAAAGGCAACCUUGGAGCCAACAUCAGUGGGCUGGGCCGAAACAUCAUCCUGACUACCAUGCCGGCGGGCACCAAGCUUAUUGCUGGCAAUAAGCCUGUCAGUUUCCUCACUGCUCAGCAGCUGCAGCAGCUUCAGCAGCAGGGUCAGGCCACACAGGUGCGGAUCCAGACUGUUCCAGCAUCCCAUCUCCAGCAGGGAACAGCUUCUGGUUCCUCCAAAGCAGUCUCCACUGUUGUUGUGACCACAGCUCCAUCUCCUAAACAGGCGCCUGAACAACAGUGAUGAUGAGAAAGAAAGGGCUUCCCAAAGAGACCACACCUGGUCUGUGCUUCUAGCUGAAAGGCCCGGGGGCAGGGAGGUUGCAUCGUUCCUCUAAGUGUGUCUGUUUAAGGAGGACACAUAGUGGGGUGAUGGCAACAGUGGCCUCAGUUCUGCAGCCACACCCCGCAGUGCAGCAUGCUGAGCAAGGGUCAGCCAGGGUUCCAGGGUCUGCCCCACACUGAUCAGGAGGAGAUUCUGCAUUAGAUUUGCAUGGGGUCUCAGCUGGGCCCCCCAAGCCCAAGGGUUUUCCAGCGAGUGGGACAUCUGGGAAGGCUCACCAGCUGCAGACUGCAUAUGCAGUGAGUAAGCCUCCUACGUGGAGAUCGUGUUUUCUGUUUUCUGGUCUGCUCCAUGACUGGCGGUCUGGAUGUGAGCUUUGUGCCCAGAAAGUUUUCUGUAACUUAUUUUUUAAAGAACCUAUUGUACAUCUUUAUCAAAUAGAAACUUGAGCUUUAGCCCCUCUAAGCUGAUUACUUAUUCUUUUGACCAGAAUGAGAGAACAGCAAGAUCCUUACUAAGUUGGUGGCUGACUUGUUAGCUACACAGCAAAUGAGAGGCUGUAAGAUGGGGAGGAAACAGAGUGAAGUGGUGCCGGUUCCCUAAAAUGGAAUUUGUUUGACGCUGCCUGUUGCAGCAUGGGGUGUUGGGAUCUUGACUGUGGUACGUGUGUUUACCUGCCGACUUUGUCCUCCUCACCAAGGCUGUUGAUGCUCAAGUCCAGAGCCAGGUAGACAGAGUAGGGGUGCUGCAGCCAUGCUGCUUCUGCAGUACAGACUUUGCUGCCUUUUGGAGGUUGUACAUUCUGCUUUGCCCCAGAGCUGGGCUCAAGCGAACUGUGCCCUGUGGGCCGGCCACUUAUUUUUGUAAAUAAAGUUUGAUUAGAACACAGCCAGACGCAUUUGUUUACAUAUUAUCUGUGGCUGAUGUCGAGUUCCGCAGAGGUAAGUGUAGUUGUGAUGGAGACCGUAUGGCACUUAAGCCUAAAAUAUUUACCUGGCCUGUGAGAAAAAGCUUGCUGACUCCUGCCCUAGUACAAAGGUGGCAGGAAGAGAGUUGGGGGUACACGGGGCCAGGGCUCGCCCUGCCAGGUGGCGCCAGUGUCCAAAGAGGUCAUUCUGGAUUUGUGAGUCAUUUAGUCCUGGCAGUUCCACACCUUGCCUCAGCCUCCAUCAAGCAACAGGCAGUGCUCAGGAUGAUGUAAUAAGUAAACCACUGGUUGUUAAAAAUACAGGCCUCUUUUGUAUUGGGGCAGAGGUGGGGGUAAAGCUUUUUUGCAGUGAUAGGGGCUUCUCCGUCUCUUUUGAAAGUACCCAGAUAAUCAAAAAAGUAUCCUUAAUCUGUGGAAAAUGAGUGAUUAUCAUUGAUGGGCUCUGGCUAAGGAAGUAGACGUGGAGGACGAGAAUGGAGAUGGUUGAGGUAGGGUAGGGGGCUGAAGGUGGAUCAGGCAAGAUGCAGAGGAGAGAGUGGAUUGGUGGAUACAGAGUGGUUUUACAGACAUCUCAUUCUCAUAGCAGUUCUGUAAAACAGAAGUCAUCAUCCCCGUUGUAAUUCUGAGAAAACGAGUCAGAGUGGAAGUCAAAGAGAACCAAAAUGUAAAUCCAGUCUUCUGACUCUAAGUCCAGUUCUCUGUCACUGUCUUGUUAGAUGAUGGCUGUGAGGGGUCAGAUGAGGCUUGGGGAAGACCCAGAGUUAGGAAUGGAAAGUCUCCAUUAUAGAGAGCAGUGGUGAACUGGCUAAGAUUGAGCUUUUGAUGGCCAAGUAGAGGGCUGGCACAGAAUGUACUGAGUAGUUUCACGGUGAGAGGUCAGGACUGCAGUGAAAGGAAACACGGGUCUGUUAACCGCGUAAAGGAGCAUGCAUUUGUGUUUUAUAAAACUGAUGUUUACAUAUCAUUGUUAUUGCUUAGAGUCAGAUUUCAUGUAGAUAGUCCAUGUGACAGUUUCUCAAUAAGAAAAAAGUAGAAAUUUGAGAGAUCUUGUCUCAGGUAUUUACUGCUGGUUACAAACAGAGCCCUUCAGAAUUUACGAAUGAUUUCACAAAAAUAGCUCCAGCGUUUAGCCUCAACCCUACCCCCAAGCUUUUCCUUAUUGACGUCACCUGACUCUGCUCAGCUCCUUUGUGCACACAGGUGUGAAACAGAGUAGGGGCGUAAAAUACUGGUGUGUUCUGCAGGAUGCAGAUGUAGGAUCUAUGCCCUAACAAGUGUGAUUGUAAUCCUGACCUGAUCCAUCUUGUCACCGGGAUGUUGUAGAAUGAGAAACUCCCUGUUGGGAUUGUUCAAGGUGACAUUACCAGUAUUUGCACUGAACAUGGUUCCUUAGGAUGCAGACUCCAGGGAUCUCCUAGGUGUAGCAGCUGGGGCGGGUGUUUGGGGGAAACAGUUCCAGAAGAUCUCCUGGGUGGUAGCCAUUGAGUCUCUGAACCUGUGCUUGGCAGAGAUUGGUAAAACCAUUCAGAAUGUGUAUCUGUGACUGGAUUUGGUGAUGGCAUUGGGGUGGGUUUGUGCAGUACUACCACAUCUGAGGUUAUACUUAGGCUGGAGUGGAUCACUUCCACGGAAGUGUACCACGUUAUGCUCUGAGCGAGGCAUCAAAAUAAAUGUAAUAUUUUACAUCUGCCCAUCACAUCCUCACUUUGGAGAAAAUACUACAUUUCCUUAAAAUAUCCUGUCCUUUUAUCUAGGAUGGAGAUCUUUUCCUUGAGAGUAAAACAGGGAAUAGGUUUCUCCUUCCUACCUCCAGUCCCUAAGGAAAGAACACAUUUUAUAUGAGGGACAUAGUAAUUGUCAAUACUAGGUCCUCCAGUACUUGUGGAAUGAAUGCUUCGUUUCCUACUCAGCUUGCAAACCAAUGUAGAUCCCGAAAGGUGUCCCAGGAGCCCUUCAUCCCUCAUAACUAAACCAGUAUUUUUAAGCAGCUCCUCCUUAAUCCCUGAACUCUGAAUGCUGACUAACCAUGGGAGGUUACCUUUCGUGUAAUUAUAGUGUAUCUUCCAAAGAGUGUGCCGUGCUUCACGUAAGCCAUCUCUGCCUUGUUUGUAUGAAGUUGCAGGCUGGUGAGUCACACUGAAUACUGGUUUUGUCACUUACUAGCUGUGUGACCUUAGGCCAGUCAGCCUUUCCAAAGAACCUCAUAUACUUAAAAUACAGGCGGUUGUGAGAAUCCCAUGAGAUAUGGUGCAUCUCAAAGUCUGGAAAAUGCUACAUAAAUAAAAAGGUAUUAUUUGGUCUAUAAGACCCUUCAGAUUUGCCCUAACCUACUUCGUUAGCUUGUAGAACUUUUUCUGAACUCUAUUCUUCGUUGCCUUUGUAUAUACUAUUCUUUACCUGGAAUGUGCCAACUCCCCAUCUCUCCCCCUCUCCGACUCCCGUUGCAGUUUGCACGUACCCCUUUCAGCACCACGUACACUGUGUAUACCUGCUUGCUGGCCAUUGCUCCCAUUAGAUCGUGAGCCUUGUACUGAGCAAAUGUCUCCUUGAUCCCUACCUAAUACUAUUGCAGUGCUGGUGCAGAGCAGAUGUUUAAUAAACAUUUGUUGAAGGAAGUUAAAGUGAAAAAGAACAGAUCCAGAACCAAGACUAGAGCGUGAAGACUUUGUAUUCCAUGUCAGCAUUCAUGCAUUACUUUCAUCUGUAUCAGAUUCAAGGCCUUCCAUAACCUGACAGUUUUCUUACCUACUCAUUUUACACACUUCCUGUCAGCACCCUCCAUUGGGGCACCUUCAAGAAGUCAGAACAUCUGAGUUCCAGCUCAAAGAAUCACCCACAGCCUGAUUCCAUGACUUACCAACAGUGGUAGUACAGUCCUUUGGUAUGUCUGAUUAUUAUGAUUAGUUCAGAUAUGUUUAGCAAGUAAUAUUUAAAAGACCAAAUCUUGUGAAUGAUGUCACUUUAAAAAAUAUACAAGUUAGAAUUGUGUCUGUAAAAUGAAGUCACUGUCCUUCACUUAAACAUUCUAAUGUCUUUCUAAUAAGAAAGUACCCGCUUUCUUGAGAGGAAAGGAAGAAGUUACCAGAAGCAGUAAGUUGCGCUGCUGCAUUCAUACCCAGAGUUCAUCCAUGAGACCACUUCCUGCUCUGAAAUGCUCAAGAGUCUGAUCUCUCGUCACACGGGGACACAAAUGAAGCUUGCCGCUUAUGGGUGGGACCUGGGUUUUCUGUAUGCAGGGUACCACACCCACACAGGCAGUUGGACAUCACCCCUGCUUGUCCCCUCAUCUCAUUCCUCGUCUGAGCCGUCCAGGAGGGCAGUGUGGCAAGUGUGACCUGACUUCAGCUUCUGGAUCCCAAUGACUUCUCCGUUUCUAUAUCUCUUUAGCCGAGUCAAAAGGCUGCAACAGGAAAACAAGCAAAUUCAGUCAGCCAGAAGAAUCCCCUGUUCCCUUACCCGGGGCUGUUUUUAAAGCAUCUUCAUAUCUCUAUCAAGUAAUAUGAUUACUUGGUUACAUAUCUGACUGCUCAGAUGAUACCUGUCAUUGUAUCCAGUAGAUUAAGGGACUUGUGACUACAGUUAGUUAAUGUCAUAAUUCAGACAGUUCACAUCCACCAGUUGCACCUUGGAAACCCUGUGGGGUAGUUCCGUUCUGUCCUAUAAGGUCGCUGUGAGUUGGAAUUGACUUGACGGCAGUGGGUUUGAUUUUUUGUUUGUUUUGGUCGUGACCAGGCAGCAGAACUGAAACUAUAACCUCCAGCUCCCUCCUAUUGGAUCUGCACAGUACUUUUCUAGGGAAGUUACCUGCUUUGGGUCUAGGGAAAUAAGAAACUGGAAAAAAAGUUAGGGGCAACUACGACAGCAAGAAAACCAGUAAUGCCAUGUGCUGAAAGUUACCUUAGCACUGCGAUUAAAGAUGGGCUCUGCAAUUACCAGUUGUGUAACCAUGAUAAGUUACUAAACCUUCUGAAGCCUUGGUUUCCUCGUCUAUAUAAAACGCGGGAACAGACCGUACUUCGUGAAGUGAUAAGGAUCAAAUGUGGUAAUACAGUUUAAGGGCUUACCUCUGCCGGGAACUCAGAUGUGCAUAGUAAUUAUGAGCUGUUAUAAUGUGUAUACCUGAUGAGAACUUUCUGCUAUGGUGUAUUUGAUGGUUACAGCAGCUCUAGGAAGUUGGCAGGGGAAGCCCAGAAGUAAGGUGAUGGGUCCCAAAUGAGAGGAUGACAGAGCAGUACUGAUGCCUAAGUUACAAGUUCCUGUGACAUCACAGGCUUAAAAUCAGCCAGAACUGCCUGUGAAGCUGGAAUCUACCACGGUACUGUGAUCUGGACAAGUUAUUUAACUUCUCAGAGCCUCAUUCGCCAAUUAGGGUAGUAAUACCUACCCUGCAGGUGCAGGGUACCUUGCACAGGACUUGCAGAUAGUUGGCACUGCUCAGUUAUAACAGGUGUGCCACCGGGGAUACAACUGUGAUGAGUUUUGUUGGUGGGGCUGGUGAGGAGGAGGAGGCUUUCCACGCGUCUUCCCUCAGACAUACCAGUACACGAGAGAGUAGUUGAUGGCCACGAUGCAGAUGGCGGCCAGGUAGUGCCAGCAGUAGCACAUGGUGAUGAACAUGAUAUUUUCAUGAUCUUUCUGGUCCCAUUCAGGUGUUCCAAAAGGUGGAAACAGCACAAACCCAAUCUGGUGGAAUACAAGGAGAAGUUGGUCUUGUGGAACAACAUAGCCUUCCUGUGGCCACCAGAGUUACAUUCCCCACUGUCACCCCCCACACUUCUCUUAGCAUGGGAAGGCUUUUUUGUUUCUUUCUUCAAACAUUUUAUUUUGUAAUAGAUUUUCAGAGGAGUUGUAAAGAUAGUAGGGAGAGAUCCUAUACUUUUCAGCAAACUUGCCCUAAUGUUAGCAUCUUACAUAACCAUGGUAGAUUGAUCAAAACUGUGAAAUAAACAUCCGUGCAACAUUACUAACUAAACCACAUGCUAUUCUGAUUCCACCAGUUUUUCCACUAAUGUAUCUGUCCCAGGAUACAAUCCAGGAUACCAUGUCACAUUUAGUCAUAAAUGUCUCCUUAGUCUCCUCCAGUGGGGGUAUAGGUCAGUGGUAGAGCAUUUGACUGCACAUCAAGAGGUCCCUGGUGCAGAUCCACGUGCCCCCUGUAUUACUUUUUAGAAGCCCAGGUGGUGCAAUGGUUAAGUCCUUGCCUGCUAACUGAAAGGUUGGCGGUUGGAACGUACCCAGUGGCUCUGCAGAGAGAUGUGGCAGUCUGCUUCCCUAAAGGUUACAGCCAAGAAAACCCCAUGGGGCAGUCGUACGGUGUCACAUGGGUCGGAAUCGAUGGCACCUAACAACAGUUUCCCCCAAUUUCUGACAGUUUCUUAGUUGGGAAGGCCUUUUCAAUUAGGAAAGUAGAUUCUGGUUUUAGUAUAGGCUUAUUCAAAAAAAAAAAAAAAAAAUCUUUAGGGGAACAGUUUACAAGUGGAAAUUGCAAAAAGGUAUUACCUCAGGAGCAUGGCCUGGGAAAAUAUUUGAUCUGCUAGCUAUGUGUGUUCCACAGAUUCUUGCUGGCUAAGGCAUCAGCAGAAUAUUAGUGGGUAAAAUUACACAGGUCCGGGGGUGGGCCCGCGGAGAAAGGUGACUAUUUAAACGCAUAAGCGUAUGUGAGUGCCACAUUUUCAGGACUCCUCUUGGACAUGCUCGGUAGGACCCCCUUAGUCCAUGCAGUGUGUGGAGCAUUGGCUUCAAUAAUCACCUGCCAG